AUGGAGGCGCCGGCCGCGACCCGCGGCCCCGCCGAGGGCGCCCCGGCAGUCGCCGUGGCCGAGGUGCGCUGCCCCGGCCCCGCGCCGCUCCGCCUGCUCGAGUGGAAGGUGGCGGCGGGCGCGGCGGUGCGCAUCGGCUCGGUGCUGGCCGUGUGCGAGGCCGCCGCCUCCGCGCAGCCCGCCGGGGGCGCCCCGGCCCGCGCCUCGGGGAGCUGCGUGCGCACGGCGCGGGCUGAGCGCAGGCUGCGGUCGGAGCGCGCUGGCGUGGUGCGGGAGCUGUGCGCCCAGCCGGGCCAGCUGCUGGCCCCCGGGGCAGUGCUGGUGAGACUGGAAGGCUGCAGCCACCCGGUGGUCAUGAAGGGGUUGUGUGCCGAGUGCGGCCAGGACCUGACCCAGUUGCAGAGUAAGAAUGGCAAGCAGCAGAUGCCACUGUCCACAGCAACCGUGUCCAUGGUGCACAGCGUGCCAGAGCUGAUGGUGAGCUCCGAGCAAGCUGAAAAAAUAGCAAGGGAGGACCAGCAGCGACUGCAUCGCAACAGGAAGCUGGUGCUCAUGGUCGACCUGGACCAGACCCUGAUCCACACGACGGAGCAGCACUGUCCACAGAUGUCCAAUAAAGGCAUCUUCCACUUCCAGCUGGGCCGGGGCGAGCCGAUGCUGCACACCCGCCUGCGCCCUCACUGCAAGGACUUCCUGGAGAAGAUCGCGAGGCUGUACGAGCUGCACGUGUUCACCUUCGGCAGCCGGCUGUACGCGCACACAAUCGCAGGCUUUUUAGACCCUGAGAAGAAGCUUUUUUCUCAUCGCAUACUGUCGAGGGACGAAUGCAUCGACCCGUUUUCUAAAACAGGAAACCUGAGAAACCUUUUUCCCUGCGGAGACUCCAUGGUGUGCAUCAUUGACGACCGGGAAGACGUCUGGAAGUUCGCCCCCAACCUGAUCACUGUGAAGAAAUACGUGUACUUCCAGGGCACCGGCGACCUGCACGCCCCCCCGGGGCCCCGCGAGCCACAGACCAGAAAGAAAGCCAACCAUUCUUGUAAAGGCACUGAUGUCCUAGAACCAGCCUUGCCCGGGAAGGACUCUGAGGAGGGAAGGCAGCUUCCUGGGGUGGAGCUGAGCGGCGGCUUCCCGAAGCCCACGAGGGAGCUGAACGGCGGCGAGGCCGUGCUGGGUGCUUGUGCCCAAGGGGCCAUGCCCCGCCUCGGGAAGGCUGAUGACCAGGACGCCGGGACCCCUGCCCCCGUCUCUGCCAGCAACCACGAGCCAGGAGCUCCCGGGCCGCAGGGGUCGUGUGGGCAGGGUGGUCGGACCCCAGCACAGCCCACUCAGGGCACCCCGGGCACAGAUUUGGACUUUGACCUGUCCAGUGACAGUGAGAGCAGCGCGUCGGACGCCUCCGCCUCUGGUGGGGAAGGUGAGAAGAGGGGCCGGAAGAAGCCGAGGCCCCCCCAGGAUGGAGCGAGAGUACUGCAUCAGGGAGGGGCCCCCGACCCUGGCGGAGGCAAGCCCCCGGGCACCGGCCACGCGGCAGAGCCCCCGCCCAGUGUGCUGGACGUGCCGGAAGACAGCGAGCGGGGCAGCCUCUGCGGCCUGGGCAACGGCUGUGCCGACAGGAAGGAGGCCGAGACGGAGUCGCAGAACAGCGAGCAGUCAGGCGUCACCGCGGGCGAGUCCCUGGACCAGAGUGUGGAGGAGGAGGAGGAGGAGGAGGAGGAGGACGCGGAUGAUGACGACCACCUCAUCCACCUCGAGGAGAUCCUGGCCCGCGUGCAUGCCGACUACUACACCAGGUACGACAGGUACCUCAACAGAGAGGUCGAGGAAGCCCCAGACAUGCGCAAGAUCGUGCCGGAGCUCAAGAGUAAGGUGCUGGCGGGGGUCGUCAUCACCUUCAGCGGGCUGCACCCGGCGAACUUCCCCAUCGAGAAGACGCGGGAGCACUACCAUGCCACGGCCCUGGGAGCCAAGAUCCUCACCCGGCUGGUGCUGAACCCUGACGCCCCUGACAGAGCCACCCACCUGAUCGCGGCGCGGGCAGGCACAGAGAAGGUGCGCCAGGCCCAGGAGUGCCGGCACCUGCACGUGGUCAACCCCGACUGGCUGUGGAGCUGCCUGGAGCGCUGGGACAAGGUGGAGGAGCAGCUCUUCCCGCUCCGGGACGACGACGCCAAGGCACCACGGGAGAACAGCCCUGCAGCCUCUCUGGACAAGCAGGGCGCGCUUCACCCGGCCUUGUUUCACCCGGCGCCUGUGCACGCCAAGGCCCAGCCUGGCCCUGAGGUUCGGAUCUACGACUCCAAGACAGGGAAGCUCAUCAGGACAGGCGCCCAGGGCCCAGGGCCUGCGGCCUGCAGCUCGCUGCCCCCCCACGGGGAGCCCUCCUCCUUCAGAGCUGCUCAGCCACAGCAGCAGCAGAUGUUUGGUGGAGCUGCGCCCGACGCGUGCGAUGGAGAACAGCCCGGCCCUUCUCGGAGAAAGCGACAGCCCAGCAUGUCAGAGACCAUGCCGCUGUACACCCUUUGCAAGGAAGACUUAGAGAGCAUGGACAGAGAGGUGGACGACAUCCUCGGAGAAGGCAGUGAUGACAGCGACAGUGAGAAGAAGAAGGCCGACGGCCAGGAGGAGGAGCAGGAGGGGAGGCCCCCGCCCACGAAGCCAGAGGCCUGGGGGUCCCACGGGGAGCAGCUGCUCGGGUCAUCUGCAUGCAGUGAGAGGACUGGGGCCAGCGUCCGGGGGCCCAGAGGCCACAAGAGGAAGCUGAGUGAGGACGGCACCGCCAGUGACUCCAGCAGGGAGUCGAGCGACGCGGACGGGGAGGGCAGCAGCUCCGAGGCGGACGAGAUGGCCGCGGCCCUGGAGGCGGAGCUCGGCGACCUGGUGUGAUGGGGGGCGCGUCCUCGCCAGGGCCGCCCCUCGGGGUCCGUUUCCUCACAAAGACAUAUUUUGCAGAGCUCCACGUAAACACGUUAUUUUGCAGAAAUGGAUGUUUUUAAGAAGUUUUACUACAAAAUACAGGAAAAUCUACUUUUUUAAGUGAGAGGGCAUUGAAGGGUGUCCCCGUGCCCAGCCCCAGGGCUCCGCAGAGCCUGCCUUGGAUGGGGGCGGGGGGUGGGUGCGCUUCCCUCCAGUCCCACAGCUCGCGCCGGGGCUGGGGGAGCACGCGGGGUCUGCGGCGACGCCCUGGGGAGAGGCCGGGCGCAGGGGCCCCAUCUGAGUGGCACGGCCCCCUGCGGGGUCCCUGCUGCAGCCAGGCUGCCCUCGCCGUGUCCUGCCCGGGUGGCCUUGUGCUCCUGUGAGACCCGAUGUAAAGUUUUGUAUAUCUUUUCAUAUUGGAUCCACCACGCAGAUCUCUCAUUUAAUAAAAACCCUUUUCGUACACUGCUCUCCGUGCCUUGCUGU